UCGUAAGUCUAUGGCACGAUGGCUGUCAAUUGAGUUAUAUUUUAUUACUAGAAAAUAAGAAAAUAAUGAAUUCUGUGCACAUUAAAAUAAUAUUUUCGUGAAUAAUGUACAUUUUAUACAAUUUUAAUCUAGAUAUAAGUGAUGCAAUCGUAUACCACUAAUUGAAGCCACAUAGCGAUGUUUAGUAUAAAAACUAACUGAGUUUCGACGAUGGCGUCUGACGGAGAAAUUUCCUGUACGAAUGAUCCCAAUUUCGCCGUUAUCUACUCGUUCUUGAAGGUUUUCGGGAAAUUGUACGGGCUAGAAAUACCGUCAAUAGCAAAAUUACAGCAGCUCGUAGAGAAUACGGAGGAAGUUCCGGAGCCGCUGAAGGAGCUGCAUCUGCGGCUGCUGCGGCGCGCGCAAAAGUCCGUGCAGAGCAACCGCUGGGAGCGCUGCCUCAUCAAGUUCUGUCACCAGCAGGGCCACCACCAGGAGGCGUGGGAGAUCGAGCGCUUCUCCUACAAGAAAGCCAGCACAGAGGUCAAACUAAAGACCCUCAAGAUAUUACUUGAGUACCAGUUCACAUGCCACAUAAAGUUCAAGGCGGCAGUGAAUGCCCUGUCAUGUAAGGAGCUCCGGUUGGACCCCAUCGGGCGGGACAAGCACGGCUGCGUGUAUUGGCUUCAGGUGGACGAUGAGGCUAACCUCUGUCUGUAUCGGGAGGACCAGGAUGAGGAGACUUGGCAGUUAAUAGCGAGAAAUCGAGAAGAGCUAGUCAAAGUAAUAGGACAAUUGAAAAACGGAGAAGAAAUUUGUCCCUCAACUGUGUCUAACACCAAUGAGGAUUCCAACAGUACUGAAAUACCUUCAACUGAGGCAACUGAGAAAACCAAUACACAACCCGAAGAAGAAAACGAGGAAUUUCUAAGCCCAGAGUCUGAGUCGGAACAUGAUGACGAUGAAUCUAAAGCUGAUAAGAAACCCCCUCCCACAAAAGCUGAUAGUGAUAAUAAAGAAGGAAAAACAGUAGAUAACCAAACAGUAGAAGAAAGUGAAAAAACUGAAGAUUCUAAAACAGAAGAACUAAAAGUAGAAGAUGUGAAGGUAAAAGAACCUUCUAUAGAAGAUAAAAAUAUAGAAGAGAAAAGUGAACAACCAUCAGUGCAAACAUCAGAAAAGGCUGAAGAUUCAGAAAAUCAACAGUUAAAAGAAAAAGAAGACGAAACCGAAGAAAAUGUAGAAUCUGAAGAUGUUGAAAAACCUCAAAUCAGUACAGAUAGCAAAAAGUCUCCAGUACGUGAAAAGACGCCUGAGAAUCCUCCAAGUGAGGAAACGAAAAUAAAGGAAACAGAUGGAGUGAGUGAGGCAAUAGAAGAACCAGUUCUGGUUGUCACAGGAGAAGGCAGCGGAGCCGAUUGCGAGAGCACUUACUUUAUAGGUGAAGAAAUAUCCGAACCUGUCAUGUAUUUUUAUGGAGAAGGUUGUGGUUAUGAUAAUGAUACCGGAAACCCUGAAGUAUUAGAAGAAGCAAACACAGUGCAGCAUAACUCAGAUGAGGAGAAUGACAAUGAAGAAUGUGUUAACGGUGAACAUUCUAACUCUAAUGAUAACUCUAACUCUAGUAAAAGUAAAUUAGUUAAAAGUGUUAAGUUAAAAAGUAGUCAUCCUACUGUCAAUAAACGAUCAUUGAAGAAGCAAUCUAAUGAUAAUUCUGAAGUUCUAAAGCCAGAUUCUAAGAAACAUUGUAUUAGAAAGUCUAACAGAUCAGACAGUAUUAAAUCAAAUUCAAGCAAUAAUGACAAUGACUUGAAAAGGGAAAGCAGCGUGAAUGACAAAACCACAGAUAGUGAAAGUCCGAAUAAAAAUAAUGUGAAAAAAACUAGAGGUAAGGUAAAGAAGAAACCUGAAGUAGCGAGAAAAUUAAAGUUAAAUCAGAAGAAAGAGUCUCCUACAUCGGACGCUGACAAUUGUAAUGAUAGUAAAGCCAGUAUUAUAGAAAAGAGGAAAAACAGUGUGUCUUCAGAUCAAGAUGGGGUUGAUCACACGGAGCCGGAAAAGGAAGGAAGCCCAGAUAACGAGGCUAAGCCUGACGACGAUCUACCUCCAAAAAAAUUACGCUUAGAACCUAGUAAGGACAUAGAAGUAUCAUAUUCCAAAGAUACUCUAGACAAUGUAAAUAAAGACGAAGCUAAAAGCGAAAACAAUGAAAACAACGACAACCUUAACAAAGAGCAUGUAGAAAAAGAUCCUAUAGCUAUGAGGAAGAAAAUUAAAGCUAACAAAGGCAAGUUUAAAAGAAAAAAGAUAUUACAAAAUAAGAUAGAUAAUAGUGAUGUAGAAAAGAGUAAUAAUAAGGAGAAGAGUAAAUCUAAACCUUUGAAGAGGUCGCUGCUGGACGCGACGCACAGUGACAGGAACAAAUCUGAAUCUCAAAGUGAAAGUGAGGAUGAUAUGCCUAUCACAAGUGGCAAGAGGUUGAAAAUUAAACCCAAGAAAAUUAUUACUACUUCAAGAAAAAAGGUUGAAGCCAAGCUGCUUGAGAAAAAAUCUAGUGACGAUUCCGAAGAAGAAACACUGUACAGUAUAGCAGGCAAAAAGACUGGCAAAAAAGUCCUAAAAAAGAAGCCAAAAGGCAAAGAGAAAGCCAAAGUAAAAAAGGCUGCGGACGACUCGGAUCCGACGCCCGUCCGGAUGUCGCGUCGGAUCGCGCAGCAAAAGAUUAAAGAGGAAGCUGAUAGGAGGCAUCAGGAGGAGGUCGCACUUAGGGAGCUAAAGAUGAUCCAUAAGAAAAAGGGCGGCGAGGAGGAGGAGGAGUGGCGGCUGUCGGGCAGCAGCUCGGGCUCGCCGGCGCGGGGGGGGCGGGCGGCGCGCGCGCGGCCGGCGCCGGGCUGGCGCGCGCAGGACUCCAGCGAGCCCGACUCCGAGUCCGAGCGCGACGAGCUGUCCGACCGCCCCGAGCCUGACCUCGAAUUCGGCAAAUCAGACCAUGAGUUCUCGCCAGAGUCCGACCUUGAGACUGGGGAACCGAGCGAGCCUCUAAAAAGGGCCAGAACGUUGCAAGAAGGAGCCGAUGAUGGGUUCUGCAAGCACUGCGGCAGCGGUGAACAGCCGGAGUGGAUACUGUUGUGUGACAAGUGCGACGCCGGCUACCACGCGUCGUGUCUCAAGCCUAUGUUGUUCCUUGUGCCUGAGGGCGAUUGGUUCUGUCCACCGUGCAAUCAUGCAAUGCUAAUAUCGUCUCUAGAGAGCGAGCUAGUGAAAUAUGACGAGCUGGUGGUGAACGUUGAAGCGGAAAGGGCGCGCAUUAAGGAAGAGGAGCUGCUGAAAAAACCGCCGUCCGUCAAGAGUGAGAAGGAAGAAGAGUCGGACAGCGGAAGCGGCAGCGCGAGCGACUAUUCAUCAUCAUCAUCCACCGGCGCCGUGUACCGGCUGCGCGCGCGCCGACAGCUGCCGGUCAGCUACCGCGCUCAGGAGUACGACCGGCUCAUCAGCUCCGCUAUCAAGGAAGAGUACGUGGAGCCGACGACGAGCGCGGGCAACCAGGGCCGCGGCAAGGACAUCUCCACCAUCAUCGAGGCCGCCGAGGAGGAGAAGCUCCAGGCCGAGCGAGAGGAGGCUAUUGCACAGGGUAAACCUAUAACGGAGGUCCGCAAGAAAAAGAAGCAGCGCCGGAAACCGCGCAAGCUCAACUCCUUAGAGGUCGUGUCCGAGGACGACGACGAAACGGACGAGGACUUCAAGGACACUGGCAUGGAGUCGUCCUCGGAAGACAUGUCCUCAUCAGCCGACCGCGACAGUUCGGACUCCCGCUCGUCAGAUUCCCUGCCCAUUCGCCGCGCGCAACGCACCGAUAAGAAAGACCGUCCGAAACUCCGGGAGUCAUCACCGGAAGUGAAGAAGAAAAAGGGAGAAUUCGCCGGCAGCUCCAGCGAGUCCAGCGGCGCUAAAGAAUGGCCUCCGAAGAAUAAAUCAAAAUCCAAAUCGCGGGUCAGACGCGAGAAACGCGAGAAGCGCGACAAAUCCCGUCCCUCGAAACCGAAGAAACCGCGAGGCCUACAGCAGUACGACGCCGACGGCAACGUCAUCCGGCCUCGCGUCACUUACGGAGGCCUCAGCGACUCCCCUAAUGACUGGUCGCCGAAACACAGGACGAGACAGAAGAAAAUUAAUUAUACAGAGAUGCCUAAUACUGAAUCUGAAGAUGAAAUGCAUAAAGGCAGCGGCAAGCACAUGCCCGACAGCUCGGACGAGUUCAAGGUGACGUCGUCGUCCAGCUCGGACUCGGAGCGCGCCGACCCCCGGCGGACCCUCAGCGACCUCAUCAAGACCGCCGUCGUGCCGCUCGAGAAGCUGCCCGACGACGUCACCCGGGCCAAGGAGGAGGAGCUGCAGGCGCAUCUUAGUAAGUUAUACGCUCAAGCGGCGGCGGCGGACACGAGGCCGCUGCGAGGCAAGGGCAGUCGCGGCGGGCGGGGAAGCAGGGGUCCCCGCGGGCGCGGCGGGCGGGGCGGCGGCGGCGGCGGGGGCGGGGGCGGGGCGGGCGGCGCCGACGACGCGCUCGCCAAGCUCGUCGGCGUCAAGAUCAAAGAUCUAAGCCAAGAACCGAUCAAACCCAAUCAGAUUGAAAGAGAAAAGAAACGCCAAGAACGCGAAGCCAAACUAGCGGAGAAAGAAGCCAAACGCAUGGAGAGAAUACAAAAGAAGGAAGAGAAGGAGAAACUAAAAGAACUGAAGGCAAAAGAGCGAGAGGAAAAGAAACUUGCUAGGAUAGCGCUGCAGGAGAGCAAGCGGAUGAAAAAGGAGAAGCCAGAAUACCCGAUAUCCGGGCCGGUGGGCUACAACGUGCGGCCGGACAUGCGCAUGAUGUACCCGGGCAUGAAGCACCCGGACUAUCCCGGUCCGGGCCCGGGCCCGGGCCCCGACCAGCCGCAGAGGUUCCCUACGCAGCCGAGGUUACAGGUACGCGCGGAGCUGCGCGGCGUGCCGGUGGCGGGCCCGCUGGCCGCCGACAGCCUGCGGGAAGGAACGCUAUCCGUAGCGGGCUCCCCGCAGCCCUUCAAGCCCGUCAGCGAAGAGCCCAGCGUCAUCACGCGCAUGCCACACAUGCUCAACCAAUACAGAGGCCCGAUGAUGUACCCGGGCGGCGGGUCGCCGUACGGGCCGCGGCCGCAGAACAUGAUGUACGUGCCGCACCCCGGCCUGCCGCCGCGCCAGUACCCGCCGCAGUACUACCGCCUGCCGCCCUACCGCCUCGACGCGCAGCCCGGCCACGGCCCCGGCCACCUGGCGCUGGGGCCCCGCCUGCUGCCCGCCCCCGGCUCGUCGCACCACGGCCCGCCCGGCUCGUCGCACGGACCACCGGGCUCGCCCUACAGAUCGCCCGGGCCUCACGGUCCGCCCGGGUCGACCCAUGGCCCGCCGGGCCCUCACGGGCCGCCGGGUUCGUCCCACGGACCUCACGGGCCCCCAGAAUCGUCGCACGGCCUGCCAAGAAAUUCUCACGGACUCCCCGGAUCUUCUCACGGACCCCCCGGGUCUUCUCACGGACUCCCUGGAUCUUCUCACGGACCCCCUGGUUCUUCUCACGGACCCCCUGGUUCUUCUCACGGACCCCCUGGAUCUUCUCAUGGACCUCCUGGAUCUUCUCACGGACCCCCUGGAUCUUCUCACGGGCCGCCCGGCGCCCACGGCCCACCCGGGGCACCCCACGGCCCGCCUGGACCUCACGGACCCCCGGGCUCAUCUCACGGGCCUCCCGGUCCUCCCCACGGCCCGCUGGGUGUCCAUGGACCCCCAGGACCUCACGGUCCGCCCGGGUCCUUUCACCGCCUACCGGGACCGCACGGGCCGCCUAAUUCAACCCACGGACCCCCUCAUGGGCCACCAAAUUCCUCGCACGGACCUCCGGGACCGCCGGGCUCGUCGCACGGACCGCCGGGCUCGUCGCACGGGCCCCGCGGCCCGCCCGGCUCCUCCCACGGCCCCCCGGGGCCGCACCCCCCGGGCGCGCUGCACGGGCUCCUGCGCGGCCCGGCCGGCCCCCCGCGCCUGGCGCCGCACGUGCCCGGCACGCCGUCCCCCGGCCCGCCGAGCUCCGCCUCCCCCGUCGCGCUGCCGCCCCGGCCCGCGACGCCGCCCGCCAGCGAGCCCCCGAUCAAAAUCAAAGCCGAGGUGAAGACCGAGCCCGAGUACCACUCGCCGGUGCAGUCUCCGCCGCGGGCGUCCCCCGAGCCGCCGCGCCAUCCCAAGAUCAAGGUGACGGACAAUAAGGAGCGCCGCCCGCGCUACCCGCUCGGGCCCUACGCACCGCAGUACGGCCCCUACGGCCCGUACGCGCCGCCCGCGGAGCAGCAGCUGCUCCUCCGCGGGCCCUCGCCGCUGCAGCGCAUGCAUCAAAACCUCCACCAGUUUUUGCCCGAGAAGCCUGAGCCGGCGCGAUCGCCGCGAGCCGAAGCGCCGCACUACCUCCCGGUGCUGCGGCCAGGCGCUCCGCCUUACAACAUUCCGUUAAUGAGAGCGCCCGGUCCGGCCGCACCGUACUAUCCGGGGCCGGACAUGAGACGAGAGAAACCUCCUCCUACCCCACCCCCGGACAAACCUCCCCCUCCGGAAGUCCCCGCCCCGCCACCUCCGGCAUCCGUGCCCGUUCCAGCCUCUAUGCCCGUCACGGCCCCGGGACCGGUAGCCAUGCCACCGGCGCCCAUGGACGAGGCCCCCGAGCCCCCCAAAGGCCCCGACUUCGUGAAGACCGAGCCCCCGACCGAGCCGCAGGGCAGCGUGUUCGGCGGUCUCGUCAGCUACUUCUCGAGCCAACGUGAGGACGAACUCGACGCGUAGCGACCUGUACAUACUCUAUAGUGAUCUAUUUAUAUAUCGAUUCGAUAUUACGUUUGCGUAAUUAGCAGAUUAAGUUGAGGACUUUUUGGUCUCGAAUAAAAUGUAUUAUUUCCGGUUAUGUUUAAGUGAGAUUUAUUUAUACAGAGUCGAUAAGUACUUACGAUGUAUCUCUAAAUACGAAUUUUAUUAAAGAAUCAAAUCGAUUAUUUCUUUUUGCAAAAUAAAUGUUUUCUCCUACAA